AUGUAUCGAUCAACGAAAGGCGCGUCGAAAGCUCGAAGGGACCAAAUCAACGCAGAGAUUCGGAACCUGAAGGACUUGCUUCCCAUAUCCGAUGCUGACAAGGCACGGCUCUCAUACCUACAUAUCAUGUCCCUUGCCAGCAUGUACACCAGAAAAUCGGUCUUCUUCUCUCAAGGUAAGCGCGACUUAGCUUAUAACAGACAAGUUCAAAUACACUCAGUGUAUAAUCCAUAGCCUGCCUGUUGAUUCAUAACUAAGAAAUGCUUGUGAAUGAAACAUAUACUGACAAACUGUUGCUUCCAUCCGUCUGAGCUAGUUGCAUGCUACUUUGGGCUUUCCGCUUGAAUCAACAGGUCUUGUCGAAAGAAACAGUUGAUGAACUUCAUAUCUAUAUGUGAAUUAUGUUGUUUAGGAAUACAUAUAAUGGAAUAUUAUAGUGCUCUGUUUGAUGUUCUGGCGUGAAAAACUAUUUUAGAGCGGAGUGUCGCUAUCUAGGACUGAAACGCUUCUAUCGCUGUCCAUGGUACUGAAAUGUAAUGCGGCCGUUCUAUAGCCAUUGCGGGGAGCAGAAACGUUACAUUUGUGGAAUGAUGACAUCCUUUACCUAGACAAAAACAUAAUAAAACAUUUUUUCCCAUCAUCUUUUGUUUUUAGAAUCGGGAUCUGCCGGCAGUCUCGAGGAAAGCUCGAGGUUCCUGUCUUUCCACGAGCUGUCAGAGCUGGUGCAGGAGCUACCAGGGUUCCUUCUCCUGCUGACGGGGGAAGGCAAGCUGCUCUACCUGUCAGACAGCGUCUCCGACAGCCUCGGCCACUCCAUGGUGAGUCCACGGGAGACCAUAUCAUGUCUAAAUAUGAAACUAGUAAGUUAGCUGAAAUUUAGAUUUUGUCUCAAGGAUUCCAUGAAUAUACUAAAUAAGAACUACUCUUUCUCGAUGUUUCAGGUGGAUCUGGUUGCCCAGGGUGACAGUGUGUAUGAUAUCAUUGACCCUACUGACCACUUCAUCAUGAGGACCAACCUGGCCCCUCCUACAUCAACUGAUACAGGUAAGACACGCCUCCAUAUUUCCAAUGGUACAGAAACGCGUUGCAAAUGGCUUGCAUUUAUAUCACUCAGAUCAUUUCUGAUAUUCACAAUCCUUCCUUACCUCUUCUUUCUCUCAGAUCGUCUAUUCCGUUGUCGUUUCAAUACUUCCAAGUCGGUGCGCAGGCAGAGUGCUGGGAACAAGCUGGUUCUGAUCCGGGCGCGCUGCCUUUUCCCACCCUCCUCUUCUACCACCCCUAGCUCCUACUGGACAUCCAAUCCUGUCUGGAUGUGCUUCUGUUCCCCUCUGGAGGCCAUCCAGACCCACUCUGGCCCUGGGGGGGACCAAGUUCCUGCUCUGAUCCCUCCUGCUGCGGAGAACAACUUCUUCCUAGCCUCGUUCCAGUCUCAACACAGCCGAGACAUGAGGCUCCAGAAUGCACAAGACAGGUGAGGUCACACCCAAUGACCAGGCAGUGCCACCUGUUGCUUUAGAUCAUCUGAGUGAUGGCAUGACUUGUAUGCUUUAUAGUUAGAAGUAUGUUAAACACAUAGACUUACCAUGUCUUCUCUCCAUCUUCCCUGCAGUGUCAGUGUUUACCUUGGCCUUGAUGUGUCAGCCCUGAGGUCUCGCUCCUGGUACAGCCUCCUCCACCCACAGGACCUGUCACACGCCUCCACUCAGCACUAUAGCCUGUGUAAGUACCAAUUCAGUUCACCACACAACAACCACACACAGACGCACCAACACACAUCAACACAAAUGCGAACUCAAUUAUAAUUUAUCCACCAUUACAUGGAGCAAUCUUCACUACAAACUCACCAUUAAAGUUCUGUGAUGUGAUCAGUUGUAGAACAAUGUCUGAUGUUGAUGUUCUCUCUUUGUUCCCCCACAGUGAGAGAAGGAGGAGAGGGUAGAUCUGAGAUGGUGGUACGGGUGGAGUCUGCAGACCACUCCUGGGUCUGGCUCUACAUGGUACUGCAGCUGGAGGCAGGAGACAGCCCCAUCAGCAGCAACAACUACAUCAUCAGGUACUACCUCUACCCUAUGACAGAUCAUUAUAACACAUUGUCAAUAGAUAUAAAGGAGAUGACUGAUUGCAAGAAGCACAAGGGAAUCUUACUGACCAUUUCCAUCUCUCUCUCUUUCUGUUUCUCUCUCAGUGAGACGGAGGCGUGGUCAGUGAGACAGCAGCUGAGCACAGAGCAGACCCAGCUGACCCUUGUACUGAGUACCAGUACCUCCCGCCAGGACAGCCUGAGCCUGUCCAGCCCAGACCAAGUCUUCACCCCAGGCAGCAGUGGCCUCUCAGCCCAGUCCUUUGACUUCAGCAUGACUGUGUCCAGCAGUGUGGGCUCCUCCGACGAGACAGGGGGCGCCACCACUGAGCCAAUGCAGGUGGAGGGUGACCCUCGCUCUAGUAUUUCCUCUAUUGAGGAGGAGAGCUUCUUCCAGCAGCAGCAGAUGCCUGCCCCUGUCCAAAGCCCCUCUGCUGCCUCCUCCCCCACCCCAGUUACCGUUGCAACGGUAGCAGACCUGGACUUCCUCACUCAGAACAUUCUCCUGCCCCCCUCCUUCCAGCUCGAGCCCCCGCUGCCCACCCUCCCCCUUCCCCUCCCCCCAGUGCCCACCUCCCAGGAGCAGCAGACCAAAGAGUUUGUGUGCACGCCCCCCUACACACCCCAGCUGGGCGUGGGCAGCUUCCUGUUCAGCGAGCCCCUCUUUAGCUUCGACCCCACAGGCACCACCACACCCCCUCCCUCCACCACCACCACAGCUACAGCCACCACCUCCAUCGCCCCCUCCGCCCCACCCACCACAGCCUCCAGUCCUGCUCCCCCCUCCUCCCUGUGCCUCACUGGUCCCUCCACUGACCUGUUCUUCCCUGCCGAUCCCUGCAGUGGCUCUCUCUAUGAGAAGCUACCCCCCACCCCUGACAGCCCUGGGGAUGGGGACUGCACAGUGAUGACCUUGCCAGAGGUUCGGGGACCCCUGUAUGUAGAUGUCCCUUUAGGGCCCUUUCACUACCCCCUCGACGGCCUCCUCACCCCAGAGGCCUCCCCCGGUAAACAGCCUGGUCUCUCUUUCUUCUCCCUGGAGAAAGAGAGGGAGAAGGAGAGAGCAGAGAUCUCCUUCUUAGCUCAGCACAUCAGCUCCUUAGCAGAGGGAUUCUACCUGGAUCCUCUCUUAUCCAAGCUAUCCCCUCCUUCCAUGUCCCCCUCCCCCACCCUAGCACCAUCCCUAGCCACCGCUGGUGUUGACUCUAUCCACAUGCUGGGAGAGUUUUGCCCCGUUAAAGCAUGGAGAGGCCUGGACUUCCCCAUAUACCAAGAUGAUGAUGACUCUCUGUUUGAAGAGAGCAUCUUAGAAGCCUUUCUCCAGGACUUCUCCACCCCUCCGCCCCUCUCCCCCACCCCCUCCAUCCCCCCGCCCUCUCCCCCUAACCCAGUGUGCUGGCACUCACCCUCCCACUUUGAGGGGGUCAGCCACUUCUGUAGCGUCCAAUCAGCGCACUGUAACCCCACGGCCAGGUGCGGGGCGACAUUGGCUGGCGAGGCCGGGGCGAUGGCAGAAUGGGAGGGGCUGGGAGAGGAGUCGAUGGAGAUCGAGGUGGCGUCAUCACCUCUGUCUUCCUGUUCCUCCAUCACAGCAUCCCCUCCCCUGCGACUCAUUGCCUCCCCCACCUUCGCCCCCUCCACGCCCGUCGCCCCCAACAUGCCGGCCGUGCCUUGCGCCCAGUCCCUCCUGGAGGAGCUGGCCGCCCUGGAACCCAUGUUUGGGGCAGGUGCCUCGAUCGCCCCUGGCUUGGGGCAGCAACCUGAGUUGUAUCAACUCCAGUGUCACCAGCCGCCACAGUGCUUCCACAAAGGUGAGAAUCAUUCAGUUAACUUGUUCUACUGUCUUUCUCUGUUUGAUAAAUUUAUGAAUAUGUGUUAACCCUGAACAUACAAGACUAAUGCCCCUUUCUCUUUCUCUCUUGUGUUUUUCAGAUGGGAGUGGAAGUGUUCCUCCGUUCUAA